GGAGCUGCAGCGUUCCUGUUUGCUGUUAAAGCUCGAACACGCUCACCGACAUCGCCACGCUCGCCCGACACGACCACAUCAACAGAUAACGUCCACAUCAAGCAGCCAUCAUGGCCACUGAGAAGCGACUGUCGGCCAGACGCAAGCACCAACUGAAGAGUUGCAUGCUGGUGGUCGCCAACAACCUGCUGGAGGCCGAGGCCACGGAGAAGGUCGGCGAGCGGGAGAGGUUCCUGUCGGACAAGUGUCCUACUUUGGAUCUGCCACACAGCGGCAACGAGCUGAGGGAGCUGUGCCAGAAGCUCCACGAGCAGCUGGACAUGAGCGAGGAGGAGCGCUACAGUCUGGAGUUCAAGCUCAACAUGGUGGUGAGCGAGGUGCGGGACCUCAACAUCAAGAUCGUGGACAUGAGGGGCAAGUUCAAGCGCCCUCGCCUGAAGAAGGUGCGCAUGUCUGCGGACGCCAUGUUGAAGGCUCUGCUGGGCUCCAAGCACACGGUCAACAUGGACCUGAGGGCCAACCUCAAGCAGGUCAAGAAGGAGGUCAAAGAGGAGGACAAGCAGCUGCGCGACGUGGGCGACUGGCGUAAGAACAUCGAGGACAAGUCGGACAGGAAGAAGAUGUUCGACAGUUAAAUACCUCCUCAGGUGUCCAAGCACAAGAGUUUUAGCACUUCCAACCUAGCCAAGGAAUCUUCUAGAAGGUUCCGAUGGAGCACAGUAAGUCCAAGAAUAGUCUCUAGCUUCUUAGCGACCGUGCUAAAGUGCUAAAACUCUUCUGCUUGAGACACGGUACUUUUUGUCUCCACGCUAAUGUACAUUUGUGUCCAACCUGUGCAUUCAUGACGAAUAAACGCAACUGACAUGC